UUUUUUUUUUAGAAACUAAAAAUCAGUCUCCUAAUUCCUAUAUUCAAACCGUCACGGUUUGGUGUUUUUAAAUCCUGACACCGAGUCGUGGCGAAUCGGCCAGCGCAACGUAAGAGUCGGAGCGCGGUGGCGCGAGGGCACAGGAUGCUGGCGCACAAGUGUGCGGCGGCGUCGCGGCGGCUGUGGAUGGCGCUGCGGUCUGCGGGGGCGCGUCCGCUGCUUCCCAGAUGCUCUCCCGCAGCGGCAGCCGAGGUUACGUAACAAUAACGGGAAAGCUUCCCCCCUUGCUCCCUGCGUGCCCCACACACACACACGGAGCAGCCUCCGCCCGAGGUGUCCUAAUUUUUUGUCCCCUAGGUGGUCACCCGACCACCUUCCCGCCUCCGCAGGACUGGGGAGUCACUGCCCCCUGCGACUUAGGUCGGAAGUGAACGCGUAGUUUCCGAUCGCUGCUGGGUGGUGUCGGAAGGGGUUGGGUGGCCCCGGACAUUGCUAGCCACGCGCCCCGCUUCCGCGCCCGGGCUCGGGGGCUCGCAGGCUCGCAGGCUCGCGUGCGGUCCGGGAUCGCAUCCACCCAUAACCCACCCACCCAGCGCCAUGGCCAAGGCCGGCACCGCGGCGGCGGCUGCGAGUGCAAUGGACGUCCAUGCGGCCUUGAGAGAGGUGCUGAAGACCGCCCUGGUCCACGACGGCCUCGCGCGAGGAAUCCACGAAGCCGUCAAAGCCUUAGGCAAGGGCCAAGCCCGCCUGUGCGUGCUCGCCGCCAAUUGUGAUAAACCGAUGUACGUCAAGUUGGUGGAGUCCCUCUGUGCGGAGCACCAGAUCCACCUCGUGAAGGUUGAUGACAGCCAGAAACUCGGGGAAUGGGCAGGCCUCUGCAAAAUCGAUCGGAAGGGGAGACCCCGUAAAGUGAUAGGGUGCAGCUGUGUGGUGGUGAAGAACUAUGGGAAAGACUCUCAGGCCAAAGAUGUCAUUGAAGAGUACUUCAAAUGCAAGAAAUGAACGGCAACCACAAAAUUGGCGCAUUUUCUUUUAAGUUCCUAAAAACGUAGACAAAUAGCAUUUAUCUCAAAGUCUUGAGUUUUCGCCGGAAAUGGCAGCACUUUUUAGGUUCUCUUCCAAAUGUAAAUUUCGUGUAUUAUGUUCUUAUUUAUUCAUGGAAAUUUUCAUCUCUUUGGAAGUUUAAGAACUGCAUGAGAUUUGGUCUAGCAUUAAGGUUUAAUUGACAAAAUCAUAUGUAUGCUGCACAAUGUGAUGUUUUGAUAUGCAUAUGUAUAUACUAUAUAAUCAUUUUGAUGUAUAUAUAUAUAUGCAUGCACGUAUGUUUGACAUACUAAUUUACUUUGUAUAAAUACCCCAAAGUGAAUACUACAGUAUUUAUUUUAUUUUUUGAGAACCUCCAUACUGUUUUCCACAAUGGCUAUAAUACUUUACAUUCCUACCAAGAAUGUCUAUUUUGCUUUUUACUUAAAUUUACUAUAUAGAUGUUGAAUUAAAUCUUCCAACACCCUCAUCACCCAAAGUCCUAGAUUCACAGAAACAUUCCUUACGAGGAAAAAUUGUCCCAGGAAGUGAAUUUCUACCUAGACACCUGUGAGGUCUGGAGAGUGAUCUACGGUAGCCACAAAUGAGUUUAUUAAGUAUACAAUAAGCAAAGGUAAGACAUUAAAUAGCCUGUAGGAGAUAGAAGCAACAGAUAAUAAAACAUCAGUUCAAGGUGCUCACAAUAUCCAGCAGAGGCAAACUGAGAGAGCAAACAAAAGGUGGCAUCCAAUCAGGAACUUAAACAUCCAGAAGUCGGCGAGAAUCCUCACUGAAGCAACCACCUCGAGUUCCAGAGUGUCCCCUUAGGUGGGGCUUCCGUGUAAAAGAACAAAUGACCGCAGAUACACCAUCGAGUCAGGCUCUUGCAGCCAUCCAGCAGAAACCAACUGGGCCAGCCCCAAAAGCGAAGCCAGAUGUCACCAUUUGAGAAUUCCAAGAGCACAGCAUCCAUUCCACUGGAUCUUGAGUUCCUAAGAAGCUGAUGGUGGCUGCCAGAGGCCGAGGUCUCCUGGGCCAGUGGCAGGAAGCAGGAGUGGAUCUGCCCAUGGCAGGCUUGUGUUCCUCCCAGAAACCAGAAACUGGUCUUCAGUGAGGACCAGAGAUGAUGGGACUUCAGCCGCAGCACGGCUCCCCACAAGGAACCGGACGCCACCAUCCAGCAACGUACACAAGGGGAGGCAGGAACCCUGGAGGCUGAAGGUAACAGGGUGUGGGGAGUCAGCAGCGCCUCUCAGAGAGGACAUUGGGGAUCACUGUAUUUACAGCAGUACCCCCAACCCCCAGGGCCUCUGUAGGGCCUCUCCAAAGGGUAAAACGGGGUUUGUUCCUUGAUUUCUCCCUGGCCUCCCAAAUGGCCCCCUACAGAUCCCUCCCACCAGUUCAUCGGCACAGGGAGCCAUUUUUUCCAGCUCUUCUUCCCACCACUCUGACAGAAAUGCUGGGAAACAGCACCUAGCCACUUUGUAACCUUUCUUUGCUGGGAGGCGGAUGACUUCCUGUUCCUGCAGAAAGACUCAGAUUGCGAAACCACACUGGUCUAAGUGAAAGGCCUGGAGGCCUUCCUGGUUUCCUUUCUCUUAGUAUCUGGGAAAGUUUCAGACUUCCAGCUUGAUGUGCAUCCUCAUUCCUGAGCUGCAGAGAACCAGUGUUGACUGCCCUAAGGAUGUGGCAGGGUCUGGGGUGUGGAGGGGAGAAUUUCCCUGCCCCCUGGGCUUCUGGCUGUUUCUGCACCAAUAUCAUUCUUCAAAGCUUUGUAACUUUUCAAACACUUGAAGUUAAGCCCACGUCUCAGUUCAGCCCUCCUCUAGCCCAGGAUAGCCUUGAACACGCAGCAAUAUUCCUGCUCCAGUUUCCUGGGUGCUCGGGUUACAGGCUUGCACCACCACACGGUUUCUUUCUGAGGUCUUAAUCAAAGGUCCUCCAGGCACACCAUUGGAUUUUCCAUUUUGCCGGAUGGAGAAACGUGGAAUGAAGUCUCGCUUUCUAAUCUUUUCAGUCCUUGGCCAGCUCUCUGCUCACAGACCCAACCAUUCUCCUCUCUUACAACUUCUUAUAGUUCUCAGGAGCAAAGUGAUUCCUUCAAUACCCCACCUGGAAAUAGUCCAGCUUGCUCUGAAAAUCCAUUAGCCAUGUGACACAAAGUUCAUAUUGCUACAGGAAGGUUUCGGCCCUUUUCACAGCAAUCUGCCACAGUUUGUCCCCAGCCUGGUGACCCUUCACUAAUAGCCAAAAUAGCCUGUUUUUCCAGCUCCCACCCACUGUGUGCACAAGCCAAGGCCACAUUUUAAAUUUUCGUGUACCCAUGUCUGCUACUGAUUUGUGUGUCAGCCAGUAUUGCUGUGUAACGAGUUACUUUAGAAAUUAGUAUUUCCGCCUAGGCACCGUGGUGUGUGUGUCCCAGCACUUGAGACACAGAAGCAGGAGUGUCACUGUAAAUUUCAGGCCAGCCCUGUUUACAUGGUCAUUUCCAGGCCAACCAAGGCCACACAGUGAGACCCUUUCUACAAAACAAAACCAAGGCUGGGAACACAGCUUAGUGGUAAAGUACUUGACGAGUAUGCCUGAGGCCUCAGGUUCCGCCCCAGCACUACACAUUCAUACACAAAUUCAAGAGAUUAAAGCAACAAUAAAGUGUUACUUAUUCAAAUCA